AUUCACACACUGCACACAUCUGCAAAGCAGCGCUCGGAUCCGCGGACCUUUUCGCUCCACGCGUUGUGCUGCGGGUGGCGCACCGUGCGGAUCUCACCUGUGCUCAUUUCAAUUAAGGAAAACUUGCGCUGCUUUUAUUUACGGUGUGUUGUGUCCUCCUGCUUACUGCCACCAGGAUGCAGUUCUCAGUCAGACUGAGCCUCUGCCUGCUGGGCCUCGUUCUCGUCUCUUUGUUCCCUCAGCCGGCGCAGGGCCAAGUUUCAUCUCCGCGGAGAUUUCGUGCCAAAAUCCUGAGCCCCACCAAGCUGCAUGUGUCAUGGAAAGAACCAAAAGGAGAGUUUGAAAGCUACAAGGUCAUUUACACCACUCGGCCAGGUGGAGAGCAGAAGGAGGUUCAGGUACUGAAGCAGGAAGCAAAGUUACUCAUCCAGGACUUUGACCCUUCUAAAGAAUACAAUUUUAAGAUAAUUGCAGUCAGUGGAGGACAGCAGAGCAAACCACUUCAGGCCAAACAUGAAGCUCAGCGUUCAGGCGUCGAGGUGGUUCAGUCCCAGAGGACACAAGACAGCGGUGUCACUGAUGAGAACAACGAGAUCUCAGAAGCUGAAGAGGGGUUUAUGUGUAAGACCCCGGCCAUAGCCGACAUUGUUAUUCUGGUGGAUGGCUCCUGGAGUAUCGGACGCAUCAACUUCAGGCUGGUCAGGACGUUCCUGGAAAACCUCGUCAAGGCCUUCACUGUGGAGUUUGACAAAACCAGGAUUGGCCUGGCUCAGUACAGCGGAGACCCCAGAAUUGAGUGGCAUCUUAACGCUCACACCACCAAGGAGGCUGUGAUCGAUGCUGUGAAGAACCUGCCAUAUAAAGGAGGAAACACACUGACAGGUCUGGCUCUGACCUUCAUCCUGGAGAACAGCUUCAAACCGGUGUCUGGAUCCAGGCCCGGCGUUCCCAAGAUAGGAAUCCUCGUCACUGACGGGAAGUCACAGGAUGAUGUGAUACCCCCCGCACAGAGCCUGAGGGAAGCUGGGAUAGAACUGUUUGCCAUUGGUGUGAAAAACGCUGAUGAGAACGAGCUGAAGGCCAUCGCCUCUCCUCCUGAGGAAACUCACGUCUACAAUGUGGCGGACUUCGCCAUGAUGAGCGACAUCGUGGAAGGCCUCACCAAGACCAUCUGCGACCGCGUGGAGCACCUCGACAAGCAGCUCAAAGGGGGAGGAGAACCUGCACCCCCGCCCACCUCCGUGGCUCCGCCCCGCGACCUGGUGACAUCGGAGAUCACGGCUCGCAGUUUCCGGGUGACAUGGACCCACGCACCGGGCCAGGUGGAGAAAUACCGCGUGGUCUACUACCCAGCCAGCGGAGGACAGCCAGAAGAAAAAGUGGUCAAGGGGACAGAGAACAGUGUGGAGCUGAACUACCUGAACUCUCUGACGGAGUACCAGGUGGCUGUUUUCGCCAUCUACCGCAGCUCUGCCAGCGAGGCCCUGAGAGGAAGUGCUACCACAUUGGCCCUGCCCAUGGUGAACAACCUGGAGUUGUUUGAUAUCACUCACAGCACCAUGAGGGUUCGCUGGAAGACUGCCGCUGGGGCUUCUGGGUAUAUGAUCCUGUAUGCCCCGCUGACUGAGGGAGACCCUGCAGACGAGAAGGAGGUGAAAGUGGCAGACUCGGUGAAUGAGGUAGAGCUGGAGGGAUUGACUCCGGCCACAGAGUACACGGUAACAGUUUACGCCAUGUACGGAGAGGAGGCCAGCGACCCCAUGACCAGCCAGCAGACCACAUUACCGCUGACUCCGACAAGGAACCUGCGUUUCUCAGACGUGGACCACAGCUCCGCCCAGCUCACAUGGGACUCCGCCUCUCGGAAAGUCAAAGGCUACCGUGUCAUGUACGUUAAGACCAACGGAGUCCAGACCAAUGAGGUGGAUGUUGGCCGUGUGACAACCUGGUUGCUAAGAAACCUGACCUCCCUGACGGAGUACACGGUUGGUGUCUUUGCCAUCUACGAUGAGGGACAAGCUGAGGCCGUGACUGACAGCUUCACAACAAAGACCGUCCCAGACCCGCUGGAUCUGAGGAGCAGUGACAUCUCCACAGACAGCUUCAGGUUGUCAUGGCAACACCCGGCCUCCGAUGUGGUGCUGUACCGACUCACCUGGACGCCCACCGAUGGAGGAGACAGCGAAGAGGUUCUGGUGAACGGAAACAUUAACACCUACCUGCUGAAAGGACUCAGCCCCUCCACAGAGUACGAAGUCCUCCUUGCUGCAAUCUACAGUAACGAGGUUGAGAGUGACGAGGUGAUCCUCGUAGAGUCCACCGUUGAAAGAACAACCACCAUCGCUACGACAACCACCACCACAGCAGCUCCUCGUUUCGGGGUGAGGAACAUGAGGAUCGAUGAGGAAACCACCUUUAGUAUGCGGGUGGCCUGGCAGCCUGUCGACUCGAGGAAUGUCCGCCAUUAUCGACUGAACUACAUCAGCGCCAAGGGAGACCGAGCAGACGAGACGAGGACUGUGCCCACAGGUCAGAACAGCCUGGUUCUGCAGCCUCUGCUGUCAGAUACGGAGUACAAAGUUGCCAUCACUGCUGUUUACCCUGACGGAGACGGACCGACAGCGUCUCGAAUGGGACGAACACUUCCUCUUUCAGCUCCUAAGAACCUGCGGGUAUCAGAGGAAUGGUACAACCGCUUCAGGAUCAGCUGGGACGUUCCGCCUUCACCCACCAUGGGCUACAGGGUCGUCUACCAGCCUGUAUCUGCCCCUGGACCAGCUCUGGAGACCUUUGUGGGAGAGGACGUGAACACCAUGCUGAUCGUCAACCUGCUGAGCGGGACGGAGUACAGUGUCAAGGUCAUCGCCUCCUACACCACUGGAUCCAGCGAGGCUCUUUCAGGGAGGGCCAAGACCCUGUACCUGGGGGUCACUAACCUGAGCGUAUAUCAGGUGAGGAUGACCAGUCUGUGCGCCCAGUGGCUGACUCAGCGCCACGCCAGCGCCUACAGAGUGAUCAUCGAGUCGCUGCUCAAUGGUCAGAAGCAGGAGACGAAGCUGAGUGGAGGAGCCAACAGACACUGUUUCAACAACCUGAAGCCCAACACGCAGUAUAAAAUCAGUGUGUACGCUCAGCUGCAGGACGGGACUGAAGGGCCUGCAGUCACUGCUACUGAGAAGACACUACCCAUCCCGACCCCAGCACCAACCAAGCCCCCCACCACCACACCGCUGCCCACAAUCCCCGCUGCAAAAGAAGUCUGUAAGGCAGCCAAAGCGGACCUGGUCUUCCUGGUUGACGGUUCUUGGAGUAUCGGUGAUGACAACUUCCUGAAGAUCAUCCGCUUCCUGUACAGCACCUCUGGAGCUCUGGACCGGAUUGGUCCUGAUGGCACACAGGUGGCCAUUGCCCAGUUCAGUGACGACGCCCGGACCGAGUUCAAAUUGAACUCGUACAGCGACAAGGAGCGACUGCUGGACGCCAUCAACAGGAUUUCCUACAAGGGAGGAAACACCAAGACAGGUCGAGCCAUCCAGCACGUGAAGGAAAACAUCUUCACGACGGAGGGAGGAGUCAGGAGGGGAAUCCCCAAUGUCCUGGUGGUCCUCACCGACGGCCGAUCUCAGGAUGACGUCAACAAGGUUUCCAAGGAGAUGCAGAUGGAAGGGUACAUUGUGUUUGCUAUCGGCUUCGCUGACGCUGACUACGGGGAGCUGGUGAGCAUCGCCAGUAAACCCAGCGACAGACACGUCUUCUUCGUGGACGACUUGGACGCCUUUAAAAAGAUCGAAGAGAAGCUGGUGACCUUUGUGUGUGAGGCUGCCACUGCCACUUGUCCAUCUGUACCGAUGAGCGGCAGCACAACACCAGGUUUCCGUAUGAUGGAGCUGUUUGGGCUGGUGGAGAAUCGGUACAGCAGCGUCUCUGGCGUUUCCAUGGUACCUGGCACCUUCAAUACCUUCCCCAGUUUCCACCUGCACAGUGAUGCUUUUCUGGCACAGCCAACCAGGUACAUCCAUCCUGAAGGGCUGCCGUCUGAUUACACCAUCACCCUGCUGUUCAGACUGCUGCCCGACACUCCAGAGGAGCCCUUCGCCCUCUGGGAGAUCCUCAACAAGAGCAACGAGCCGCUGGUGGGAGUCAUCCUCGACAACGGGGGAAAAACUCUGACGUUCUUCAACAACGACUACAAAGGAGAGUUCCAGACGGUGACCUUCGAAGGGCCAGAAAUCAAGAAACUCUUCUACGGCAGCUUCCAUAAGCUUCACAUUGCAAUCAGCAAGACGAGCGCCAAAGUGGUGAUCGACUGCAAGAUGGUGGCCGAGAAAACCAUCAACGCAGCAGGAAACAUCACCAUAGACGGACUGGAAGUUCUGGGCAGGAUGGUCCGCUCCAGAGGGAACAAGGACAACUCUGCCCCGUUCCAGCUCCAGAUCUUUGACAUUGUCUGCAGCACUUCGUGGGCCAACAGAGACAAGUGCUGCGAACUUCCUGGCCUGAGGAAGGAGGCAGACUGCCCAGCCAUGCCCAAAGCCUGCACCUGCACCCAGGACAGCAAAGGCCCCUCCGGCCCUGCUGGACCACCAGGAGGCCCAGGAAUCAGAGGAGCCAGAGGUGAUCGCGGAGAGCCAGGCCCAGUGGGGCCGACUGGUCCAGUAGGUGAUACAGGUGUACCAGGACCUCAGGGACCCCAAGGACCACAGGGACCCAGUGGACGCUCCAUCAUAGGGCCCCCAGGUGCUCCGGGAGAGAGAGGACAGAAAGGUGAUGCUGGACAACAAGGAGCACAGGGAAUUCCUGGCAGAGCUGGAGCUCCGGGCAGAGAGGGACCUGCAGGACCCAGAGGCCUGCCAGGCAAAGACGGCCCGCCAGGCAGACAGGGUCCCUCGGGAACUAUCGGGACUCCAGGAGCCCCAGGGGCCCCAGGUAACACAGGCCCUUCCGGAAAACAGGGAGAGCUGGGACCACCGGGUUCUCCUGGAAGCAAAGGGGAGAAAGGUGAACGGGGUGACCUCCAGUCGACAGCAUCAGUUCAGGCCAUCGCCAGGCAGGUCUGUGAGCAGCUGAUUCAGAGCCACAUGGAACGCUACAACUCCAUCCUGAACCACGUACCCAGUCCACCAGUGUCCAUCCGCACUGUGCCAGGACCCCCAGGAGAGCCUGGCAGACAGGGAUCUCCAGGGGCCCAGGGAGAACAGGGACCCCCAGGAAGACCCGGCUUCCCAGGACAGAACGGACAGAAUGGGCAACCAGGAGAAAGAGGUCAACCAGGAGAAAAGGGUGAGAAAGGAUCUCCAGGUGUUGGAGUCCAAGGCCCCAGAGGACCUGCAGGACCCCCCGGUCCCCAAGGGCAGGGCAGACCUGGCAGCCAGGGUCCCUCAGGGCGACCUGGAAAUCCUGGAAACCCUGGUCGACCAGGGGUCCCCGGACCCGUCGGCUCCGCUGGGCCACCGGGCUACUGCGACCAGAACGCCUGUGUGGGCUACAAUGUCGGAGAGGGUGAGGAUGUCACUGAUGGCGGCGCUAUCCCUGCAGUCCAACUGCCGCCCAACGUCUUCCAGAACUACGGCGAGGUUGAGGAGGACGACCCCUACCGCUACUACCAGCCCAACUAUCCGGCCCCGCGGCCCGUGGAGCCUGACGACCCCGCGCUCGCCCUGGACGACAUCGAACUGAGGUCCCCCGGCAUCCACCGCAGCACCCGGAGCCUGGAGGGAGAGGAGAAGAGAGUCGGGCCGAAGAGGAGACUAAAGAGAGGAGCGAAGACGCUGCCUGGACUAAUUAAAUGAGAGGAGGAGGUGAUUGGAGGACGGAGGGCCGCUCGCUGUUUCUGAUUGGGCGGUUUGGAGCUGUUACGGACUAAUCAACAAGUGCCUGAUGUAGAGGAUUUCUUAUGGACAUUGUAGAGGGGACGGGGUGGGGGUAUCAGGUUGGGACUAUUUUAACUCAUCUAUGCUAUUGAAUUAACUUCAAGAAAACAGGUUUAUGUUGUUUGAUUCGUUUAGAUUUUUUUUUGUCUCAGUAGAGACGAUCGUAAAAUGGACUGAGGUUUAUAUUUCACAGUUUGCUUUUGUCCCAAGACAUGUCUCUGUUAACUGUUUCUGUGAUCAGACUUCUCAAACAUUCGGUCAUCACAUUGAUUGAGGAAAAGUAGCCGGUCCUGUUUUCAGCUUUCACUUUUGCGGUUUGCUUUUUACCUGCUUGGUUAAGUGCCUCCGAAUUGUCUCGCUAGAAUAUUCUGGAAGAAAUUUCUAAAUGCAGAAAUGCAAAGACUACAACAUAGCAUCUAUACACAGAGACACUUGCAGGUUACAGCAAACUAACAAGCAACACUGUCGCUCUGUAUGUUUUUAUGUCUUUACUUUAAGGUUUUAUUUCAACCUUUAAAUGUAAUGACUGCAGAGGCCUCAGCUAACAUCAUGAUACAUGAAUACAUAAAAAAAGGUUCAAAGUUUUGAUUCCAGCGCCUCGCGGUGUGUAUCUACAGCAGCGUCACAGUGGCUGCAGACCAGGUACAACUUGACAAGAUGAACAGAAAACAGCAUGAUGUGAUAUGUGACACUUUCAGUCAUGAGUGCAGAGUGAUGAAAAACGUUUAGAGCGGGUUCAGAUACAAAGUGAUGAGACUUUAUUUGUACAAAAGUUUCGGCUAUAAGUUUAUUAAUUUGUGUCACAACACCACAAUCCCAAAAUUAGGCUUCAUUUGCCUAUUUUCUGUUGUUUACCAAAAUGUAACAUCUGUCACCCAUGGUAUAAUUAAGUGGUAACUCCAGUUUUUACAUUUUUUAUGUAUUUGUCAGGGACAAUAAAGAAAUGAUGAUAAGAAGAUGCUUUGUACCAGAUUUAGCUACUAGCUACACGUCUGCACUCCCUGAGCAGGUAAACAGGUAACUAGCAUAUUCAGAUUUACACGGCCAAUAAGUCACACACACACACACACACACACACACACACACACAAGCUAACAGGUAAUGUGAAAUUUCAUGCCGAUGAUCCAAGGACAGGAAGUGAAGUGAUUGUGCCUGGUCUCCAGUAACUUUUCACCUAAACCUGCAUCCUAAUUCUGGUUUUUCUGUUAGCUCUGUUUGCUGCAACCAGGUCGUUUCCAGCUUCAUAACUAAAAAAACAAAAGCAGUUAUUUAUGUAAAGGUUUGCAUGUUUCUGUUAUCCAUUUACCAUGUGAUGUAUCUUUUUUUUAUCUCAUAGAGCCAUAGACACAUUUUACUGAUACAUAUAAAGAUUAUUGUUCGUUUUUCCUUCAGAGGUUUUGGUGAUUGGAGUCAUAUGCAGUUAUUGUAACAGUGUUAAGUUCAAACUGAUGUUGCUUUGUUUUUGAGGUAGUAUAAAAAGAAAUAAGUUGUAAAAACAGUAACAGCUGACGUCAGACAGGGAGUUAUUAUAUUUCUUAGUAAAUGUAUUUUGGUUUAGUUGUCAGGUUUCUGGAUCUUCGUGUAAUUUCAGAAGCUGUCGGCCAUGUUGUCGUAGAGUCAAAAAUGACUGACGGCUGUUUCCCACUCUGUGUUUUUCCUAUUUGUUUGGGUUUGUCUUCGGAUUGAUCUGCCUCCAUUUGUAACAUUUAUCAUUAAGCUCAUUUAAGUUAAACUGGAUUCCAUCAGAUAACAGAAACACAGCAGCUCAGUCCAUUUGAAUUUGAAAUGAUUUUGAAUUCAUUCAUGCGUUCAAUUUCUUAAAUUUGUUUCAUUGCUGGAGAUCAGUUAUACAAAGGAAAGUCCAGUUAUUUGGAAAAAGAUGUGCCUCGUUUAUUCACACGUGGACAUAAUGUUUCCCCUCUCAAGGGGAAACUCAAGCACACUUUCAACUUUACGAAAUAUCUUGUGAACCUUUUCAGUUCAGGAGAACAGAGUAAAAACAGGCCGCAGUGUUUGAGAUUUCCCUCUACACCUCUGAGCAGGAUAUGCUUAGAAAAUAAAAUCAAGGAAGUAAUUUAUUUUUUACUUGGUAUUGAUUUUCUCAGAACAAUAAAACUGAAGUACAACCGUU